CAUCCUCUCUCGGUUAUACUCACAGACACAACACAAAUUGAAAUCUACUCCCUUAUCUCCCUCACAUACACAUCCUGCCACCAACCUCAUCCCUUACCCCUCUCCCUCUCCCUUCUCGGCGAAGACCAGGCUGGCGGAGCUCCGGCUGGUCAGGCAGUCCGGCGAAAACAACAGGGAACCGGCGGCUACCGGUGGUUCUCUCCGACGAGCGAGACCCCCCACCCCCGAUCUGCGUAUUUCCGACACCCCACACCCCAUAUCUUUAUACCACCCCUUCGAUCUACAAAACGGAAGACCACCACCACCGUCCGGUGGUGGUGCGGCGAUGAAGACAAAGACGGGAGAGAGAGAGAGACUGAGACGAGAGAAAGAGAUGUGGCGGAGAGGCAGCGGCGCAGCCGCUCUCGGCGGCGGCGGAGGUGGUGACGGUUUUCUUUCCCGCUUCUCGGGUCAGCAGGUUCGGGUCAGGCAUGGUCAACGGCUAGGUCAACUAUGGUCAACGACUUCGGUUCAAAAUUUUGGUUCAGAUGGGUUCGGGUCAGCAGUUUUGGCGAGUCCGGUUCAGUCAAAUUGGUCAGCUUUAGAAGCAGUUCGGGUCAACUCGGUUAACUCGGUGAGUCUGACCUGGUCAACUCGGUUAGCCCUGGUCAACACAGCGAGUUGACUCAGUCAACUCAACCGGUCAACUUAGAUGACUUGGUCAACUCAGUCAAUGUUCAACGCGAAGAUGGGUAAAGUCUAACGACACGUUUAAUAUUUACGUUUUUAUAUAUAUUUUUAAUCUUACGUUAUAUCGAGCUCAAACCGAACGGAUUGGUAUUUAGUUUAUAUUACGUCGCCUU